GGUAAUGUUUUUUGGCCCAAAAAAAAAAGGAUUAAGCUGGCAAAAAAAAAAUCAAAUACUAAAAAAGCGCGGCUUCCAGAUCAGAUAUUUUACAGAGUUCCAUCCAAUUGUAAUCGUCAGCUCAUUAUCCACCAGCCAUUUGGACUCUGCGCUCUUCCGCAUUACGAACACGAAGUUAACGACCAUGGAAAACCUGUGUCCCUCUCCCUCCUUAUCCUCCUCUGAUUCCCCCGACUUCACUUCGUCAUCAUUUUUGUUUUGCUUGUUCUAACGGUGAGGACUCUGCCACUUCCACCAAGAUCAACCUCCCCGCUCUUUCUGGGUAUCCUAUUCGUCCUGGAAAAUGUCCUCCUGUUAUUCUUCCAAUUUACUCACCCUUCAUUCCCCGAAGCAUCAAAGGAAUUCGAUAAAUCUGUCUUCUGAAUCGUCUCAGUUCGUCAAGUUCCUUCGGGUAAGAUCAGUUCCUUAUGCUUUAUCCUCCUUCUCCUUCCGACGAGAAUUGUCUGAACCAGUUAAAGUUAGCAGAGAAAGACUGAAACUUUUAGCAUCUUUAACUCCAUCUGAAGCUGUAGAAACCGCUCCAUCUGCAUUUAGAAACAAAUCCCCAAAAGAUAUCAACGUCUUGGUAGUGGGUUCCACUGGGUACAUUGGGAAAUUUGUGGUUAAAGAAUUGAUAAGCAGAGGCUUUAAUGUUAUAGCCAUUGCUAGGGAGAAAAGUGGAAUUAGGGGCAGAAAUGACAUGGAAGCGACCUUGUCUGAAUUGAAAGGAGCUAAUGUGUGCUUCUCAGAUGUGACAAACUUGGAAGUUUUGGAGAAAUCUUUGGACAAGUUAGGGGUUUCAGUUGAUGUCGUAGUAUCAUGCCUUGCUAGUCGAACUGGCGGGGUAAAGGAUUCGUGGAAGAUUGAUUAUGAGGCAACAAAAAAUAGCCUACUGGCUGGUAAGAAAUUUGGGGCAUCUCAUUUUGUAUUGCUUUCAGCAAUAUGUGUGCAGAAACCCCUUCUUGAAUUUCAGCGAGCAAAGCUGAAACUUGAGGCUGAGCUGAUGAAGGAAGCCGAAGAGAAUGAUGGGUUCACUUACAGUAUAGUGAGGCCUACUGCAUUCUUCAAAAGCUUGGGUGGUCAGGUUGAGUUGGUGAAAGAUGGGAAGCCUUAUGUCAUGUUUGGAGAUGGAAAGCUGUGUGCUUGUAAACCAAUAAGUGAACAAGAUUUGGCCUCUUUUAUUGUGGAUUGCGUGUUGAGUCAGGAUAAAAUCAAUAAGAUUUUACCGAUUGGAGGGCCAGGUAAGGCAUUGACACCAUUGGAACAAGGGGAGAUGCUGUUUCAGCUCUUGGGCAAGGAGCCCAAGUUCUUGAAGGUUCCCAUAGGAAUAAUGGAUUUUGCUAUUGGGCUUCUCGAUUUCCUGGUUAAAAUCUUCCCUUCAUUGGAAGAUGCUGCUGAGUUUGGGAAAAUUGGAAGGUAUUAUGCAGCUGAAAGCAUGCUAAUUUUAGAUCCUGAGACUGGAGAAUAUAGUGCUGAAAAGACACCUAGUUACGGGAAUGAUACAUUAGAAGUGUUCUUUGCUAGAGUACUGAGGGAAGGGAUGGCUGGUCAGGAAUUAGGUGAGCAGACAAUAUUUUAAGAUUAUGAUGAGCUCUAUGGCUCUAACGAAGCAACCAAUUUUGUAUCUAUUUUCAUGUUUGUGUUCAACCAAACAUUGCUAUAAUUUUUUAUAAGUUUCAAGCAAUGGUUGUCGAGAGGAAGUUCCAGUCUCUGGAGGUACUUUAUUGAUUCUCCGGUAACAAACACUACCAUUCCCCUUGUCCAUAUAUAGCUAUUAUAACCUGAAGUUACAUUCAGCGUUCUGAAGUCAAGUUCGCUUUUGUUCUGAUAAUUGGUAUGAAUCUUUGUACAAAUGUAAUGCGCAGAUACUACUUCAUGAAUUACCAUGUAAUCAUGUAUUCCUCUUAUUCUCAAAAGUUAAUGUAAUCCAUGAGAGUAAACUGCCACGAAAUUGAAUUUCAUGAACUCACGAUUAGUACAUGCUUUACAUGUAUCCUGUCACUUAUAAUUUAGAGCAUCUUCUUUCAUGUCA